GGAAAGUGGAUGGAACGCAAGAUCAUUUUCGUUUUAUGAUUUUCAGAAAAACAUGCUGCGCUUUUCGUUGCUACGAACCUGCCUAGUUUUUCUUGUUUUUCCACUGCGAGUCUUCAGCGCUGUUGACGACCUGCUGCUAUCUGGCGACAUUCAUUCACGUGAUCCCCUGUCUGUGGAAAAGCAAGGAAAUUUUACUCCUUGGUACGUCGACCAGCAGGCUCAUUCUGAGACGCAGCAGCUUCAGUUCCUGCAAGGUCGUGAAACGAUAACCGCUGAAUUCUAUCGACAACUAGGCGAGUUUGCACUACAGCGUGCUGGCGGUUUUAACAGUUUUUUAGAACUUGGGUGUGGCGAUGGCGAAGCUGCACGUAGGGUCGUGCCUGUCGCGAGAAAAUCCGUUUUGGUCGAUAAGGAUGUGAGUAAGUGCCGAACAAGUAGCGAAAGCAGAGGCUUUCUAGUAGAAGGAGAUUUGUACAAAAGCACGACAGGAGAAGGGGUUUGGACUAGCAUUCGAAACAACGGACCUUACUUAAGGCUCAACCUUCAUUGGUCAUGGAGGUUAGUCACUGAGAUCGAAGAGGGCCCCCUUGAGAGAACAGGGGAAAACGAAGGGAAAACAAAGGGACGAGAGGCGUGGGGCCCCCUUUUCACUCAGAAUAAGUGACCACUGACUGCUGACCUUUAACUUGUGACUUCAUCUUGGUGAAUGCAGUCCAUCUGCGAGAUCGGGUCUUCUCAGACAUCGUGAAUGUGCUGGAAGUGGUGCUGCAUUGGAAGAAGAUCAGCAUGUCCUUGAGUACUCCGGUAGAAAUUUUGUUCGCCGACUAUGGCAACACGAAGAAUCGUGGCGAACCAGGCAGACCGGAUCCCGGUGUAAGAGAAGCAGUAGAUUACUUCCGAGAAGCUUGUAUCCUACAGAAUUGUCGUGGCUUUGGGUUUUAUUAUCCAUUGGCGACGAAGCCAAGCGAGAGCAUUGAGAAGCCAAGACCAAGAGAAAACAUUGAGAUAAACCCUCGUCAGCAAAGAGAGCUUCAGAAUGGCUAUUUGGGAGACAUGGAUCGUUGGGUUGAAGGGUGGGAAGGGCUGUUGUGCGAGAUCGAGGUGAAACAGUUGAUGAAGGACGAUAAACCAGAAGCAAGUCGUCGCCUUUUCCUCAACUGGCGUUUGCAAGCUCUACGCGCGCGUCCCAUAACGUAUUUAGUUUCCCAUUCGGUUACUGGUUAUCCCUUGAAUCUGGAUUUUGGUGGGGAGCCGUGUGGUAGUGGAGCGGCCAUGAUAGAAUCUCCUACAACGUCUUGCCCAUCCUACGUCCAAGAGGGAGAGUUCACACCAGUUCGAGUGCGCCAAGAAGAAGAUCCAAACCAGUUUUAUUUCAUGUGGAAUGGAGAACGCGAUCGUGAGCGGAAGAAUUAAGGCUACUCGCUCUGCUAUACUCAACUCGAAAUUUUUUGAGUAUUUUUUUAGAGUCUCUCGAACUCGUCGGUAGUGGGGAAGUAUAAGUUUAGAAUCCUCGAUAGUUGGGGAGUACCUCUAUAAGUAGAAACAUCACAUGAGUACAUCCUAAGGAGAUAGAUGACUAUGAUUUCUCAUCCUGUUCGUUGAUGCUUCUAGAGAAAUUGUCCAAUGUCCAUCGAUAAGUAAGGUCUAAUCUUCGGCUGCAGAAGCUGCGGGUUUCGACUAUAUUUUCAUUUUGAAUCACGAGAAGCAACUAGGAGCAAGGAUUGAUCACCAAAAUCUGAGGAAAGUCGAACUCUAUGAUCUGCACACUGGGGAUCAUUUCGGACGAGCUAUUGACAUUCAAAUUUUACAUCAGAUUGUGGGGAGAUGAAGUGGAGCAUCAUUUGAUCUACAUCUAGUCAGAAAGAAUUU